AUGGCGGAGGAGUUGAAUUGCGACCUGGAUGAAGGCUCGCACCAAGGUGGUUCCGAAUGCGGCUCGAAAUCGAGUGCUGAAGACGCUCAAGAACAUGCAAACGAAGCAAAGGAAAACUUCCAACCACCACAAGAUAAAAUGGAAGAUGUCUUGGAUUUGGACUAUGAUGAAGGCUCACCCAAUGGAACUCAAGACAGGGCAGAAGAAGGGGAAGAGAGUUCUGAUGGAGAAAUAGAGGAUUCAAGUGAUGAAAACAAAAACAACGCAGGCGAUGGAGACAAGGAAGAAGGAGAAAUAGUUGACAGUGAAGAAGACGAGGGGGAGAUAGAAGCUGAUGUUGGAAAGACGCGGAAAGUUCCCAUCGAGGCUCGUCUCAGUCGCCCAGCUGCUGCCGCGCGAGGUAGAGGAGCUAAAGUGCGAGAUUGUCCGUAUGAAAUUAACGGAUCCUGUACAUGGGGACCUGACUGUAAAUACAUCCACCGCAAAAAGGAACCGUUAAGGCUCUUCAGCAGAGUGAAGGUAGCUGAGGAGAGUUCAUGGGAACGAGGUCUACGUGAGGCACGUGAAGCUAUGCGAAGAGCCUCCAAAAAGCGCCAGGAACCGGAAUUUGAAACGAAACGGCUGACUGCCGCACCAACUGGAGAGCGCACCAGAUCGGUUCGCGAUUCGGAUUCAGACGAGGCUUCAUCUCCGAGACGAUCGCCGCAUUCGUCUCGUCCGCAUAUACCAUCACUAUUGGAUAUUAGUACUCUUCCUCCACGAUUCCAGAGCCGAUCAUCUUCCCAUAAAGACGGUGUGCGUGGUGCGACGCGUGGUUCGCCAUGUUAUUCCGAUGACGACGACAAUGUGUCUUCUCGACAUUAUAGAACAGACAACGGAAGAGGUAGAGACAGUGGAAGUUACAGAGAGCGGCGUGAAAUCAAGGGUACGGCUUAA